CUGAAGAAAAUAUCAACGCAGCAGCAGGAGUGAUGGCGCUCCUCGGUUCGGUUCUUGUCUUCGUUCUGGUCGGUUCUUCUGUUUCUGGAACAUCAGAUCUGAGGAUCACUGCUGGAUCUGGAGAUGAUGUCAUUCUGAGAUGUGGAGAUAAAGACAUCAAUGAGAUUUACCUUUUAAAAUGGACCAAACCAAACCUACAGGGGGAAGAAAUUAUGUUUUUAUACAGGAAUGAUGGAAUUCUACUAGAUCAGGAUGAAUCUUUCUGGAACAGAGUGAUUCUGAAGGACCCUCAGAUGAAGGAUGGAGAUCUGUCUGUGGUUCUGGAGAACGUGAACAUUAAUGACAACGGAACGUACGAAUGUUUAGACAUACAUAAAAAUGAAUCACAGAGAAGAUGGAAUCGGAUCUCCACCAUCAGUCUGCAGGUGUCUCCUCCUCCUCCUCCAGGAGAGGAAGGAGGACGAGGAAAUGAAGGAGUCAAAGAUGGAGACAGUCGUGGUCGUCUUGGUCUGUCCACUGUGUCAGUUCUUCUUCUUGCUGUUAUUGUUCUUCUUCUUCUUUUUCUUGUUCAUCUCCAGAUCUUCAAAGAGGAAAAAGCUUCAAACCAAAGUUCCAACAAGCAGCAGAAUUCUGACCGUGAUCUUCUGAUCUCAGACUCUAAAGCAAAGAUAAAACCAUCAAACCCAGAACCUAAAGAUUGGAGAUCUGGAUCUUCUCAAACUCUAGAACAUUUCAGACUCAAAGUCCAAAGAGGAGCAGAUGUUUUUUCCUGAGAACCUCCAGAAACAUCUGGAAGAACUCUGACAGAUGUUCAGAGAAGAGGAAGACGAGGAUGAAGAGAUGAAGAUAAGGAUGAAGGACUUCCUGCAGUCUCUGAUCCAGAAGAGGUUCUGUUGGUUCUGGUUCUGAUCCAGAAGCAGCUUUCUAGUUUCCUCAGGAUCAGAAAACCUCCUUCCUGUUUCUGGAUGUUCUCUGAGUCCGAUCAGAUCACUGGUCCUGUGGUGGAGCGUCUGACCUCAGACUGACAGGUUGAAUCAGAGACUCAUCAAUGACUCUCAGCAUGAAGGUGAUGAUCGGGUCAGAACCGCUGAACGGAUCCAGAGUGCAGCUGGUUCCACCAUCAAGAACCGGGUCUCAGAUUCAGUCAGACUGGACUAACUCAUCCAGAGUCUAGUUCUGCUGGAGGUUAGAGCUCUGCAGUCUGGAGGAAGGAGUGAGGGUCAGAACCGCUGAGCAUCAUGGGUAAUCGCUCUAUCAAACAGCAUCAGACAGUGACAUCAUCCAUGAACUGUACUGUGUGUGUUUAUGUUUAUUUAGUAUUGAUUGUGUUGUGGUUUAAACAUGCUGAUACUACGACUUCAUUUAUUUACAGGAUUAUUAAAGGAAAUCUGAAUCUCUUCUUCUAUGAAGGUCUUACAGUUUAAGUAAACGUCAUUUACUUUAAUGUCAGAACAAUGUUUGUUUACUGUGAUGUAAAGUGUAAAUACAGAAAAUCUAGAGGUUCUAGUUUCUCUGGAAGAACUUUGAUUUGAAAGUCCUCAGAAACAGCAGAGAUCAGUGAUCAAUGAUGGAGACUCUCCAGGGUGAUGAGGGUUUGAACCCAAACUUUCAUCUUUGAUUAUAAAUUACUGCAAAAAGGGAAAUCUAAGUGAGAGGAAAUAUCUUAAAACAAAAAUAUGUUGAUUUCUUUCAUGGUAAGAUCAUUCUCAGUAGAUCUUAGACCAGAUCUUUCCCUUAUUUUAAGAGUUUUAGUUCUUGAUUAUCUCAAUAAGAUAUUAAAGCUUGUUACUAAGAUUUUAUUACCUAUUAUGAGUAAAAACACAAAAAUCUCAACAGUUACAACAGUAACAUUAUUGUACACAACUGUAUUUUCAAAGAAGUAAUUUCUUGUUUCAAGCAAAAACACACCUGGAGGAGAAUUUUAUCACUCUUAUAACAUGGUCAUUUAAGAAACAUGUCAAUAUUAAAUACAUUAUUAGAACUUCAGUCCUGUUAUAUUUUCUAAGUUUAAACAUUUUUUUGUUUGUUUGUUUUUUCAAAAGCUGCAGCGAGUCACAUUUUAUGGCAACACAUUC